CCCGCCUCGCAGAGCUGGGGCUGCACCUGGGGCAACGGGGCCAGGCCUGGACGCCAGGUCGGAGGAGUAGCACCUGCCAGGAGCACGUCCCGCCGGCAGGUCGCAGGAGCCCUGGGAGCCGCCGCCAUGGGAAUGUCCAAAUCACACAGUUUCUUUGGUUAUCCCCUGAGCAUCUUCUUCAUCGUGGUCAAUGAGUUUUGCGAAAGAUUUUCCUACUAUGGAAUGCGAGCAAUCCUGAUUCUGUACUUCACAAAUUUCAUCAGCUGGGAUGAUAACCUGUCCACCGCCAUCUACCAUACGUUUGUGGCUCUGUGCUACCUGACGCCAAUUCUCGGAGCUCUUAUCGCCGACUCGUGGCUGGGAAAGUUUAAGACCAUUGUGUCGCUCUCCAUUGUCUACACGAUUGGACAAGCAGUCAUCUCAGUAAGCUCCAUUAAUGAUCUCACAGACCACAACCAUGAUGGCACCCCCGACAGCCUUCCUGUGCACGUGGUGCUGUCCAUGAUCGGCCUGGCCCUGAUAGCUCUCGGGACUGGAGGAAUCAAACCCUGCGUGUCUGCGUUUGGUGGAGAUCAGUUUGAAGAGGGCCAGGAGAAACAAAGAAACAGAUUUUUUUCCAUCUUUUACUUGGCUAUUAAUGCUGGAAGUUUGCUUUCCACGAUCAUCACACCCAUGCUCAGAGUUCAACAAUGUGGAAUUCACAGUAAACAAGCUUGUUACCCACUGGCCUUUGGGGUUCCUGCUGCUCUCAUGGCUGUAGCCCUGAUUGUGUUUGUCCUUGGCAGUGGGAUGUACAAGAAGUUCAAGCCACAGGGCAACAUCAUGGGUAAAGUGGCCAAGUGCAUCGGUUUUGCCAUCAAAAAUAGAUUUAGGCAUCGGAGUAAGGCAUUUCCCAAGAGGGAGCACUGGCUGGACUGGGCUAAAGAGAAAUACGAUGAGCGGCUCAUCUCCCAAAUUAAGAUGGUUACGAGGGUGAUGUUCCUGUAUAUUCCACUCCCAAUGUUCUGGGCCUUGUUUGACCAGCAGGGCUCCAGGUGGACACUGCAGGCAACAACUAUGUCCGGGAAAAUCGGAGCUCUUGAAAUUCAGCCCGAUCAGAUGCAGACCGUGAACGCCAUCCUGAUCGUGAUCAUGGUCCCGAUCUUCGAUGCUGUGCUGUACCCUCUCAUUGCAAAAUGUGGCUUCAAUUUCACCUCCUUGAAGAAGAUGACAGUUGGCAUGUUCCUGGCCUCCAUGGCCUUUGUGGUGGCUGCCAUCGUGCAGGUGGAAAUCGAUAAAACUCUUCCAGUCUUUCCCAAAGGAAACGAAGUCCAAAUUAAAGUUUUGAAUAUAGGAAACAAUACCAUGAAUAUAUCUCUUCCUGGAGAGAUGGUGACACUUGGCCCAAUGUCUCAAACAAAUGCAUUUAUGACUUUUGAUGUAAACAAACUGACAAGUAUAAACAUUUCUUCUCCUGGAUCACCAGUCACUGCCGUAACUGACGACUUCAAGCAGGGCCAACGCCACACGCUUCUAGUGUGGGCCCCCAAUCACUACCAGGUGGUAAAGGAUGGUCUUAACCAGAAGCCAGAAAAAGGGGAAAAUGGAAUCAGAUUUGUAAAUACUUUUAAUGAGCUCAUCACCAUCACAAUGAGUGGGAAAGUUUAUGCAAAUAUCAGCAGCUACAGUGCCAGCACAUACCAGUUUUUUCCUUCUGGCAUAAAAGGCUUCACAAUAAGCUCAACAGAGAUUCCGCCACAAUGUCAACCUAAUUUCAAUACUUUCUACCUUGAAUUUGGUAGUGCUUAUACCUAUAUAGUCCAAAGGAAGAAUGACAGCUGCCCCGAAGUGAAGGCGUUUGAAGAUAUUUCAGCCAACACAGUUAACAUGGCUCUGCAAAUCCCGCAGUAUUGUCUUCUCACCUGUGGCGAAGUGGUCUUCUCUGUCACGGGAUUGGAAUUCUCAUAUUCUCAGGCUCCUUCCAACAUGAAGUCGGUGCUUCAGGCAGGAUGGCUGCUGACCGUGGCUAUUGGCAACAUCAUUGUGCUCAUCGUGGCAGGGGCAGGCCAAUUCAGCAAACAGUGGGCCGAGUACAUUCUAUUUGCCGCGUUGCUUCUGGUCGUCUGUGUAAUUUUUGCCAUCAUGGCUCGGUUCUAUACUUACAUCAACCCAGCGGAGAUCGAAGCUCAAUUUGAUGAGGAUGAAAAGAAAAACAGACUGGAAAAGAGUAACCCAUAUUUCAUGUCAGGGGCCAAUUCACAGACACAGAUGUGAAGGUCAGGAGGCAAGUGGAGGAUGGACUGGGCCCGCAGAUGCCCUGACCUCUGCCCCCAGGUAGCAGGACACUCCAUUGGAUGGCCCCUGGUGAGGAAGACUUCAGAAUUGGGAACUAAACCAUGAAUGCUAUUUUCUUUUUUCUUUUUCUUUUCUUUUCUUUUUUUUUUUUGAGACAGAGUUUUGCUCUUGUUGUCCAGGCUGGAGUGCAAUGGCACGAUCUCAGCUCACUGCAACCUCCGCCUCCCAGGUUCAAGUGAUUCUCCUGCCUCAGCCUCCCAAGUGGCUGGGAUUAGCGGCAUGCACCACCACGCCCAGCUAUUUUUGUAUUUUUAGUAGAGAUGGGGUUUCACCAUGUUGGCCAGGAUGGUCUCGAUCUCUUGACCUGGUGAUCUGCCCACCUCGGCCUGCCAAAGUGCUGGGAUUAUAGGCUUGAGCUACCGCGCCCGGCCGUGAACGCUAUUUUCUAAGCAGCCAGCAAUGAAUCUAAAACUCUGGAAGAAGUCUUCUGUUUGAAAGGCUUAUUUAAGCCACACGUACACACACUGUCUUAGAGCACUGUGAGCCCACCCCACAUUUGUCAUCUUCCCUAUCACACAAAUGAUGUUAUUUUGGACUAGCUUAAUUUUGAAAUGGUAACAAAGUUUCCUAUUCCAUACUGUUCAUUUCUAAUACUCUUACGAAAACUAUUCUAAAGGAGGCAGGAGCCAAGGCCAAAAGUGAACGUACAGGUUUGAAAUGGCUGUGAUAAGGACCAGCUGGUAUUAACUGAUAACUUUACCUUUGGGUUUUUGUUAUUUUGUUUUUCUAGUCCCUACCUGUGUUUAAAUUAUGGAUAACUCGAAAGACAGCUCAGGUGAAGGCCAGUAAUGAUUUUUUUGAAGUUUCAAUGGUGUGAAAUAAAUUUCUGUUCUUAAGCAUAA